CGGUCACCCAUCCGACUCUGACACCGUCCCUCACACUUUUACUCGGUCUCAUGCUUCAUCUUAACAACUAUGAGGGGAAGAAACCAGCGUCACGCGAAUGGAGAUUUGGCAAAAUCACGCGAAAGAGUGUCCACCCUUUGUUUGGAUGUCUUUUUAAAUAUUAACAAGUUGUCAUGUCAUCUCUGACAGGAGGGAGAGAAAGAUUUACUGCCUCGGAUCCUAAAGUGCAGCAUCACUGCGAGUCCUCCCGAGUUUGCGCAAGUAUUAAAGGGAACGACUGGAACUGCCGUCCCUACGAGCGCCCCACGCCCGAGGGUGCGGGGGGAUUCAGGAGCAUGUACUUCCCGAGAGCUGAGGCUGUCCCGUCCUACAGGACUCUGCCUGGUUCUGUGGGAGAGCGUAUCAUGUCCUUGAGCAGCACUCUGCACAGAAAUGCUGCUCGGUCGGAGAGGAAAGAUGCGUGCUGUGAAAGAUGCUCAGCCACCCUUGUUGCUCUCAAGAAACAAGCUCUCAGCCUGUCUGUCCAUCAUCACUUCUCUUGUAAGGACACUAGUGACCUGUGUGUAUUUCUUCAAGACAACCUACGCGUCCACAGCCGGUCGACCUUAGAGUCCCGGGACAGAGGCAAGGAGCUGGGUGAGUGUGCCACCUGUGGCACAAAGCUGAAUCAGCUCAAGCACGAGGCAGUACACUUGGCCCUGAACAGCAGUCGUCAAUCAUCCAGCGCCAGGAAUGCUACACUGCUGGGACCAAGUAACACAAAACUUGGGGACAGGGCUGCCUCACAACCACAUGGCCUCAAUCACUGCCCUCGAAGCCCUAAAACGCCUCAGAGAACCCCACAGACACUUAGACGGAGGAUAGCCAAGCCCCCCAAUCAUGAUAUGGAUGGCUGGGUUGAGGAGCAGCACCGUGUUCCUACUGACGGUGUCACCUUUUAUCCCCACAGUCAGGCGUCAGACAAUGACGUGUUAAGAUGUACUGAUGUUGUACGUGCUAGCUCCAAGAUCCCUCACCUCUCCAGGGUUGUGACCAUUGCAAAUACUGCUGCCAUGUCCUUUUUGGCCAGGGCAGCAGAAAAGCUCAACCUAAGGAGAAAAGGACAGGCAUCAGAUGCAGCUCCUCCUCACUUCUCCAACAGCUUCAGGGAUCUCAUCCAGAAAAACCCUCCGCCUGUCCCCUCCUGCCUGCUUCAAGCUGCUAUCAGAACCAAAGACUCACUCAAUGUUGGCAAGGUCAAAGUUGUGUUGCGAGUGAAUCCAACAAUGAAUGAGGGCCAACCCCCGGUUCUCCACAUUGACCCUUCCAAAAAAAGAGCCAUUUUGUUGGAACCCGUGUGCCAAAGUUCACCACGCGCCAAGAAGACCUCCAAUCGUGAUGGAAAAGAUCUUCUGAAGGCUUUUCAUUACGAUGCCAUCUAUCCUCAAGACUCUAGUCAGAUUGAAGUGUGUGCCGGCGUAUUGGCUGAUGUCAUUCGCUGCGUGCUGAGCGGCAACGACGGAUGUGUCCUGGGUUUGGGGUGCGCUGAUGUGGGCUCCUGGUCCAGCAUGGUAGGGAAUGCUCAGAGCAUCCAGAAGCUCGGGGUGAUUCCAUGUGCUAUCUCAUGGCUGUACAACGCAAUCGAGAAGCGGCGGGAGAAGACGUGGACAGAUCUGACUGUAUCCGUGUCUGCUGUGGAACUCUGCUGUGGAGAGGAGGACACGCUGAGAGAUCUACUGGGGGAGGUUGUCCCUUCUUUAGGAAGUAUGCAGGACACCCCAAGAGCUAACAUUCGGCUCCAAGAGGACCCCAUCCAUGGGAUACAGCUCCGGAACCACAAUCGGGUCAAGGCCCCAACUGCAGAGCGGGCCGCCUCCCUCUUGGAUGUAGCCAUUGCAGCACGCAGGCACAAUGACUUCACCACAUUUUUGUCCCACAGCUCCAUAAUGUUCUUCACACUGCACGUCCAACCCCCUCGCACACAAGAAAGCAGUACCAUUGGGAAAGGUUCACGCAGCCCAACCAAGUUGACCAUGAUUGAUGUCUGUAGUGGUAUGAAAGGAGGGGUUGGAUAUAUCCGAAAUAGACCUCCGCAUUCGGACCUGGGCCCAGUUGUGUUGUCGCUACUGAGUGGGCAUAAAACGAUCCCUAAAAAGGGAAGUAAGUUAACUAUGCUUCUUCGAGAGUCCCUGAGUCAUGCUAACUGCCACAUCGCAGUAAUUGCUCAGGUUGCUAAUUCAAUGGCCCAGUUACAGGAAACCACCUCUAUCAUCCAGCUAGCUUCUCGCAUCCGUAGGACACAGAAGAGAACAAAGCAAUCCAGUUCAUGCUCACCUAGUGGCAGGAGUUUGACAAGACAAAAAAGAGGACCUCCAUCUUUUUCCUUGCGAGCUUUCCACUCUACAGAUGAGGUUGAUGUUGACGUACAACAUUUUCGUCUCCGUGGUGAGCUUGAUGAACGCUCUAGCAGUGACCAGUCUUGUGAUACAGUCAUCCAAAUAGAUACUGAUGGCUUAAUCCAGCCUAGAGCAGCCCCAAGGUUAGCAAAGCCUGCGUUUGUGCCCAUUAUACCCUCUUUACACCCAAACAAGGCUGACAUGGAAGACCCGGAGUUUACCGCUUUACUCCAAGAGCUGCUGAAAAUUCCCAAACUUCGUGGAGAGAACAAGAAAGAUGAUCCUCAGGGACAGGCUGAAAUUCUGAAAUCUGAAUUGACGAAGCCAGAAAAAGACUAUCUUAAAUGUGACACGUUUACUGAGCUUCAAGAGCGCUUGGGCUGCAUCGACGGAGAGGAAACGAUGGAUUUGCUGAAGUCCUCCUCCAAAUGCCAUCCAACUCAUGAUGCCACACACAAACCACAAUCUGAGAAAGUGACAGGGAAACAGGCUACCACUGAAUCAUUGGAGGCACCAGUCAUGAUGAAACAGGUUUUAGGCUGCAGUCAGACAUUGGGUCGAGAAAAACAAACAGACAGUGCCUUUAAUGGAGACAAUUUUCAGAGAGAGGAUUCUGGUCUUUAUGAUUGUGAGGAGUGCAGUGCAACAAGUUCGAGUGAGGAGCCGCUGAAUCAAACUCUCAAUCGCAACACGACUUAUCGCUAUCAGUUAGCCACAUCUGGAGCUGCUCAGUCUAUUGACACACUGUCUUCUCAAUCUGUAGAUGUGAAAACACAGUGCUUUCCUACUACCAGUUCCAAUGAGCCUACUGCAAGGAAGGAAAGUCAUGAAGCAGCGGACUGGUUCAAAGCAGACAAAAGGACUUCACCCGUUGGAAAAAGUUUACCUGCCUCACCCCCUUCUCCACCCAGCAAUGCUACAAAACCUUUAGCUAGCAGUGUAUUACUUGAGGGCACUAUGGCUAAUGAGCUCAAAAAGGAUGCCAAGGAAAUGAAGGCAACUAUCACUGUUACUGUUCAGCAGCCACUUGAUUUGAAGGGUCAAGAUGAGCUUGUUUUUUCUAUGGUGGAAGAGGUGACCAUCAGCAGCACGCUGGACAGUGGAAGGACUGGAGGGAACAUCAUUUGCAUCAAAGAUGCUGCCCAGUCGACACCACAGAUACACUGUUCCACAGGGUCCCAACCGAUCCAAAUUAUAAGCAAUAUAACGGAAGAUUCUGUAGCAGCAAGUCAGUCAAAUGUCACACAGACCACUUUUGUUCAUCAAGGAAGUACGAUGACUGAUGCUGAAAAAUUACAGUAUCCGUCAAGAAGAGAAAGAGCUCUACCUUCAUUUAUAAAUCCCAUGCUGAUAAAUAUGGAUGAACAGUGUGAUUCAGAUCAUGUGAAAGAAAUAGAAAGAACCGAGACUACAAUAACAUGUUCAGCUUCUAUGUCUGCUUCUGAGACUCACAAAUUAAAAUCAGACAAUAUAGGUAACCCAACCUGUGGUCAGAGUUCUUCUGACACAGUGGUCUUAGGCAGCAACUCUUUUGGUAACAACACUGCAGAAAACAAAAUGUGCGGUGAGAGGAUCAGAAAUACUGACAAGAGCCACCAUGGAAACUGGGAGCAUGUUUACUCCUUAAACCCUCCAAAAGCAUCUCUAGGGGAUGAAUCAGCUCGCAAACGUCUUGGGAAUACUAGAUUAAUUGGUGUUUCUCUAGGUUGCCUGGAUACAACUGGUGAGUCCUUUAAUACAGGUAGUUUGCCUCGGAGCUGGCUGAAUGCCAACCACCAGGAAACUCACCAUCAGAUGGCAGACGGCUGUCAAGACCCAAGGGGGUUGACAUCAUCCACUCCCUGCAGCCCAAGGGUAACCCUAGAGAGGAGACGAGGCAAGCAGUCUUCCCCUGUGAACCAUAGCCUCCACAAUGUCUCUUUGUUGAAAUAUGAAACAGACUACAAACAGGAUGCUAGGAGACCCCUCAGAAGGGGUGUUGGAUCAUUGUUUGAAACCUCAAAGGUAGGCAUGAAACAUGAUCAGAUGGCUGGGAGGAUGAUGUCACCGUUGGACGAGAGUGGCAGACUUUUUAGUGCCAAAAUGGAUCAAUUUGCAAGCACAUCCCUUGGGAGGAACACGUGUGAAAUCCCGACUUUUGACCGGGGCAGCAACAACACCUCUCCAAACUUUCAGGGUACCCCCAAGAAAUGUUCUGAUGGACAUGGCAAAGGCGCUCAUAAAGGAAAGAGUGUUGGGGAUGGUACAAUACCGAGAGCUAGCAGAAGCUCCAGAAAGACCCGCCAGAGUAACCACAGUCAUAAUUCCAUUCCGUCUGAAACUGUAACUCUAUCCAGGCUGACACAUUCAAAGCUGUCUGCUGUCGGGAAACUUAAGAUGGCAUGUCCCAAAGUGCGACGCCUAUCUGCUCCUAGCAUCAAAAACCUCAGUCUCCCCCGUAAAGGCCUGCAGCAGUCCAUCAACCGGAGUGCCAGUCUUUCACCGGACAACAAAACGGUUAGCUUUGAGGGGACUUCCUCAUUUCUCUCCUCUUCCCCUUCACCCUCUUGUCAUUCCAUCAGCAGGACGCCUAGUCAAAGCUCCACAUGCUCAUCCACAAAAUCUGCCAUCCAAGGAUUCACCAACGGCCGCAUUACAGACUUCUUAAAGGAAAGGCCUGCCAGCCCCACUGUUUCAGGGCUAGAGCCAUUGGGCCCGUUUCCUUCUCCUUACACCCAGCUCACCUCUCCACGCACACCCCCUCACAUGAGUGGACAUGCAAGCGACACCACAAGUGUUCUAAGUGGUGAUUUACCACCAGCUAUGGGUAAAACAUCGCUGUAUUUCUCGAACAGGAACAGUACAAUGAGCAGUGGAUAUGAUAGCUUGUUAAGGGACAGUGAAGCCACUGUAAGCGACAGGAGUGACAGGAGUGGCUCUUACCUCAGAGAAGCUCACAGUAGCAGAUCAUCUCGGCGGAGAGGCAACACAGGCACCAACCCACGUGAUCUCUCUGAUGACACACCCCUCGAAACGAGACAAUCGGCCAACAGCCUGAGAUCUCGAUGGGCGGAUCAUGAAAUCCCAGAGAAUUACGACAUCAAAGUGUAUGAGAUUGACAACAAGAAACGGAUGCAGAAAAAAGAGACUCACAUGCUUCAGCGGCAGGCAGCAGUUUUUGGAGCUCACACAGAAGACGAUCAUAGACGUCGGAGCCCAAUCCCUCAAAUUGAGCAGAGAUCUGGAGUGGGUCGGACAGGAUCUCACGCAGGAGGCCAUCGUUCAGAACCAAGACUACAUUCUCUUUCAUCACUGUCCGGCAGGCGACCUUUGGCAGAAUUUCGAGGUGGACACUCUGGAGCUCCUGGAGGACCUUAAAGAUGAGGCUGGAUGGCUGAAGAUUUUAUGGAUAUCUACCUUACAGGAUUGUAUCACAGGGAACUGCGGUUUAUUAAAAGCCAUAGAGCUACCUGCAUUACACAUAGUUAAAUCAGGUACACACUACAUAUAAUAUGUAUGUAUUCUUAACUACACCGUUUUUGUGGCUCACCACUUAUUUGAAUGCACGUCACCUUGAUGUCACCUCAAAAUUUCUUUAUACUAAUAUUGUUUUCAUUGUAAGUCGAAGGUUAAAUUAGGUAAAAUACUGAAACACUUUUAAUUGAGGAACAUUAAAACUGUCCUUUCAGCGCUCAUGUACAUGUUUAUUUCUUUGCCAUAGUGUCGAUACUGUGCUGUAUAUAGGGAUGUUUAGUUAUUGUUAAGUUGUUGGUCUAGUUGGUCUCUUCGAUCUCAAAUUUGAGCACAUUUGGGAUUUUUUUCUAUGUAUUUUUUUGCCUUCUUCUUUGUCACUGAAUGUAAAUAUGUGUCUUGUGUGUAAUUUCUGUCCGUCUGCCAAUUUGCCUUAUUUAUAAAGAAAACACAUUCAACACUACCAUGACACUCACUGUAGGUUUUGCCUGCCAUUGAAAUCUUUUUUGAUGAAAAAAACGUUAGCUUGUAAAGGUUUUUAUUGAGUCGACGGCUGGUUUACCCCUUUUGUUUAUUGAGUUGAUUUUUUUUUGUUUAAAAUGAACUGUUUACAGGAAAAUCCCAUUUUACUUGUUGUGCUGUAUAUACAUUUUGGUGCUGAACAACAUGGAAAUAAAAUUGUAAGCAUUUUGAACCAAAUGUAAAAGAAAAGUGCAGAAUUUUUGGUCCAAAAUAUCUUGAACUAGAAUAGAAAUGGAAAACAUUUGGAGGAAGUAAUUUUUGCAAAAGGAGAAUCUACAAAAUAUUCAUGUAUUUUUUCUGUCGGUAAGUAAUUGUCCGACUAUAUGUCACUGAUAUGAACUUUUCACUUCUCAAAUAUCACUGUUUGUUUGCUAUAUGCAGGGGUGAAAGUGGGCUGGAACGGUCCGGUACGCUGUUCUGGUAUAAAAUUUGGAGGCGGAACGGUACUUUGAUCCCGAAAAUAUGACGGCAACUGUCAAACCUCCGUGUUUAAAAAAAAAACAAAACUGCCAGGCUGCCACCCACGCAUCUCCAAGAUGAAAACAAUCUACUGACGCCAGAUUUACAUACACAAGUGUUAACAACAAGCCUAAUAAAGUGCUUGUGUAGCGUCAUGCGUUUCCACCAAUAUUUAUUAUUUAUUUAUUCCACGGAGUUCUCCCAGCGUGUGUAUCUGAAUCCGACGAGACGCAGCUAACCACCCUGCCUGACCGUUGAAUUGGCUGACAUAUUGAAAUAUGAUCAGCAUGGAUAGUUAGCUCUACUUGGUUCAAAUGCACAUGUUUCUUGGACAGCAACAAAAGAAAAAAAGAAAAAGUUUGUUGAAUUAAUGCGAUAAAAAAGGGCAAUGCAACAGAAAAUUGACUAGAUCUUUAAGAAAAAGGAGAAUGUUGAAUAGGCUUAUUCUACUUGUAUAUUCCAUUUGACUGCAUAAUGUUAGUUAUUUGUAUUUGUUUUUGAUGUAUGUUACUUUUUUUUUUUUUUUAAUAAGUCAAUGUUUACAUUAUCAAUUUUUAAUGUACAUCCU